UUUGAGCUGGGGUUUGAGGUUUGUAUCGGGGGUGUCAGGUCCCCCAAUAAAAUCAUUGUGGAUAGGAGCGAUUCUGCCACCGUGUUGACACAACGCAAAAAAUUCAAGUUCUAUUUUAUAUAGUUACAAGGAAUUUGCGAAACAUAUCGUUAACCCAUUAAGUUGCAUUGCACCCUAUAUUUUAUUAUUUUGCUCUAUCCAACGCCAGACGAUUUUACUGGUCAAGGGAGAGCGCUAGCGGUCAAGGGGAGAGCGCUGGCGCUCAAUGGGUGAAACGCUAAAGGUUUGAAAAUUAUUCGGGCGACCAAAUUAAGCCCCGUUUACACGAGCAAAUUUUAUUUGACAAAUUUAAUAUGACAAUUGCAUUUGAUCAACAGCUAGCAUGCUAGCUUUUGUUCAAAUGCAUUUGUCACAAUAAAUUUGUCACAAAUGUAUCAUCUACACGAGCAAAAUAUCUUUGACACAUGAAAUUUGUCAAAUAAAAUUUGCUCGUGUAAACGGGGCUUUAAAUACUGAAAUUAAACAUUUUAUGCAAAUAAUUGAUGCAUGUAUAGUCAUUACCUAUAUUAAUGACGUUGUAAUCACCACAAUAGAGUCCUUGCGAUUUUAGGACGGCAACGGCCAAAACAAACUCCUUCAAAUAAAUGGUAUGAAUUUAAUACAGUCUUAGAAGUUGAAGACAUGGGUUUUAUCGUUGGGAAGAGUUCUGCUAAACCCAGUUUGAAGUUGCACUUGUUGUGGCUUGGAAUGCAGCCGUUGUAUCAAGACGUGAAAAUCAGUGAUUUGGCGUUGUAAACAGAGCGAGGACAAUGUCUAAAUUAUUCAUACAUUGUAAUUACUCAAUUCUUUUCAAUGACCUAUUGUAUUGGUAGCCGUUGCAGUCCUAAAAUCGUAAGGUCUCUAAUUAUAGAACACAAACGACAAAUGCAUGGAUAAGUGUUGUGAUAUAAACCUGUUCUUAAAAAUGUUUAAAUAUUCCCGAGCUUUUUUGAACUGGAUCCAACUAGCUACUUGAACUUAAUUAUUUUUCAACUUAGAUCCUUCAGCCAUGCAGAUCAUUAGUAAUAUUGGUCAUCGCCACGUACUUUCUUAAAUAGAUCAAUUUUUAAUGAGAGGUGCUGAGAUGCAUGUUUUAGAAACCACGUAUAAUACUGAAUGGUUUUUAUAAAAAAAUUGCACAUUUAUAUACAGGAAAAAUUAAGAAUGCCUCGUAGAUCGCCCAAGGAAUGGUUUAAGAAGUACUUCCUUGAAGGUAAGUUGAAACUUUUAAUAUCUUGGAAAUUUAUGGCGAAUUAAAAGCGUUACAUAACUAUAGAACAUACUACAUAAAAUGUGUUACAUAUAUAAUACGAAACUUGAAUGCAACAUUAUACCAGUAAGCUUAGUAAACUGCAUAAUGUUAUCUGACUAUUAUAAUAUCUAUAUAGUUGACCAGCCAAAUAAAAAUAUUAUGUAACAGGAAAAAUGUUAUUUAGCAGCACACAACCGAUUUGAUUACAAACAGUAGCGAAUUAGUUUACAUGACAAAAAUGAUUGGUUGAGUCAACCACUUUUUAUUAGUUAGCUAUGACUUAUCGUUCAGACUUGACCAAAUAAUAAUUGCAUGGUCAUUUUAACCAAUUUAUAUGGGUUCUAACCUAUUUGAUUGGUUAAAUUAACCUAUUUUUAUUGGUUAUAGCCAAUCAUUCGCAAUUGACCAAAUAAUAAUAGGUUAUUUUAACCCAUUUAUUGUCAUAAUUCGCUGUUACACAUCAGGUCAAGCACUGAGCAAUACUCAAACAGAAGCCCUCAAGAACCUGGACUCAAAUGCACCAUGGUAUACGAAAUUAAUCGUCAAGCAUCGUCGUUGGGUCGGCGUGCUAAUCCCUUUCACCAUCGUGCAAAUCAUCUGGUGGAGCUGCGCGAUAAAAUACAAUUACUGGGACCUCUUUCCUGACAGAUUUUAUAUUUCAAUCACCAUGAUUUUUGGAUCCAUGAUUGCAGGUAAAGACCUACCUAAAAUGAUCAUGUUUUGUGACUGGCUUUCAGAAACAAAUCAGAAACAAAAAUGAUCAUGACUCGUUCUUUAGAAAGACGAUUUCUAUAGUUUUACUGUCUUUCAUUGUUAUAAUCAACCAACCACGAGCCUGGAUAGUAUAGGUAGAUCAUGACCCACAAGUUGCGAGAUUUUUACGAGUGUACCACCUCAUCAUUUCUUGCAGGUAUGACAAGCGAAGGUGGUGGUGCUGUUGCAUUCCCAGUGAUGACCUUGGCGUUCAGCAUCAGUCCUGCGAUUGCUCGAGAUUUCUCGCUGAUGAUCCAAUCUGUUGGCAUGACUGCAGCAACAUUCACAAUAUUUUGGAUGAGAAUUCAACUGGAAUGGCGUUCUAUAAUAUUCUGUUCUAGUGGAGCAAUCCUAGGGAUGAUUAUUGGUCUUGAAUUCAUUGAUCCAAACCUCACACCACCACAGAAAAAGAUGGGAUUCGUUAGCAUAUGGUUUGCGUUCGCCUUUGCUCUAUUCCUGCUCAACCGUUACCACAAAAGGAAGACAUUCAGAAUUAUUCCAGAAUUUAACACAUGGAAAGCAGGGGUGCUUCUUUUAACUGGAUUCAUCGGUGGUAUAUUCUCCGCAGUAGCUGGUAGUGGAGUGGACAUCUGUAGUUUCAGUAUACUCACAUUAUUGUUUCGAGUAUCAGAGAAAACAGCAACUCCUACUUCGGUUGUCUUAAUGGCAGGAAACACGGUGGUCGGUUUCUAUUGGAGACAAGUCAUGAUGGAAGAAAUCCAUAUAGAUUCGUACCAUUACCUUGCUGUUUGUGUUCCGAUUGUGGUCCUUGGUGCCCCAUUAGGUAAUAUUUCUAAUUAUAUCAUUUAUUUGAAUAAAAUCCAUCCAUUUUGAUCCUAGUUAUUGGAGAAUAUAAUGGUAACAAACCUGCAGCAGACUUGUAUAUAUCAAUGCUGUUUCAACAACCUUACUUAAAUCAGGAUGUGUUUACAGUGCUUGUUCCCAAAUUGUUGACAAGUUGUCGACAGACAAACACACACAACACAAACAUAACGUCCUGAAGAAGGUAAAAAUAGGUAAGCUAUUAAGUAGUUCAAAAGGAAUGUCCUGAAAAGUUUCGGGUUUUUUUGUAGGUUCUGUGAUAGGCAGUCAUUUUCAUCGUCAAGUGCUCGCUGCUUUGAUAUACAUCCUAGAUACCGUGGCUUUAAUCAGUGCGUUCGCAAUUGUGAAGCUGAAUCCGACCCUGAUUGGAGUUUCAGUGGGUAUUAUUGUUUUUGGUUUUGUCUUCUUCGGGUUCUUAAGUUACCUUGGACAUCGUCUCAUGCGCAGUAUAACUGAAGAUGGCGAAGAAGCUAGAGAAUCGACUGCAAGCAAUGCUCCUGGCAUCGACAAGACUGCAGGCAAUGACAACGAGGCUUAUGCCAUAUCUGACGAGAAAGUCAACGAGUUAAACGCAGAAAAUAACGUUCUUGCGGAGAACGAGAAGAAUGCGAGGAACGGUACCACAACGGUGCCAAAUAAUUACACUUCUACAACAUACAUGUAAAAUUAUGAAGACAGAAGUACAUUUUAUUAAGUGUAAAUAUAAUAUAAGAACUGUGGAAGAUCAAUAUUGAACAUUGGGUUUUGAAGGAAUAUGAAUAUUUGGGGUAAGAUUACAGGAUUAUGAAUAUUGAUGAUAGGAUUAUGAAUAUUGAUGGUAGGGAUACGAAUAUUGAUUGUAUAGGAAUAUGCAUAUCGAUUGGUAGGAAUAGGAAUAUAGAUUAGUAGGAAUAUGAAUAUUGAUGUAUAGUAAUCAUCAAUAAUAGAUAAAGACUACGUUCACAAUACACCGUUAUGUUACAUGUUUAUGAAUACAUAUUAGUGAGCUUAUAAGUAAGCGAUGUUUUUGUCAAUACGGACGUCAGUUUGCCGAGGGAGGACUGGAUUAAAAACUGUGUUUGUAUCAGUUUGUGGUAAUCUUCAACACAUAUGACAAAAGAUAAGAUUUUUAAAGUUUUUUUCUUCCUUAUACGAACGCUACAUGAUGCAAAAUACCACCAAAAUUAGUUAUACCAGUUUUCGGGUGACGUCCGUGUUGGUUUUGGCAUGAUAUUUGUGAGAGAAUAAAGUAUAUUCUUGUGAUAUUUUUAUGCGUAUUUGAUAUAUUUCUAUUAUUUUAUACACCUGAACAUUUCAUAUUAUUAGUUCUCAUUGUAUUGUAUGUAAACUCGGUGACAGUUUAACAUUAAGUAUAAAAUAUCAAUGUAUAUAUGUAGAAUGUAGAAACUAGAAAUGUACUCGCCAUUUCCGCAAAAAGCAUUCAAAUUCUCUUGAAACUGACCAGAAACAGAAUGUUUUUUUUUGCGCAACUUGUUCAGAAGUUAUCAAGGGGUUCAAACCACCUUUCAUACUGGGCUGACGCAAUCAACUUCUGGUCUUAAUUUGCCUGUAAUCAGGAAUAAUAUCGCUUAUACCGACAAACGAUCGACCUUCAACGAUAAUUACAAGAGGUCCUUGAGAAUUGAUACAAUUGGGUAUAAAACACCGCUAUCGAAAAGAAAACUUUUACAAGACGAUUCACGAUUAAUUUUGGCCGUUUACAAAACAAGUAUAUUCGGCAUUUAUUCGUUAUAACGAACAAUACGAACAUGUACAAUUUCCAGUGAAAUAAUUAGCGAAAAUAACAAUAUCAAAGUCUCAAAGUUUGUAAUUGCUUGCUAAUGAUGGUAAUGCAUCGGUUUUUGUAAUUCUUGUCGCCCAUUGGCUACACUAAAAGGUUUUCAAGUAAAAAGAGGCUUGAUUGGCGUUAAGGACUAAAAUAACGGAAACAGCUGGCAAUAUAAAAUAUGCAAAAAUUUAAAAUGUUUAGUUCUUUAAUCGAUUUUGAGAUUUCAUAUACGUUACUGCAACAUAUAUUGUAUAACGAUGUACCGGAAGGUCGGGCCAGAUAACUGGUUAAACAUGCACUGCACACUGCUUUUGGUCAUGAUUGUAUUGUUGUGGUAUUGAUAGAAUAUACUAUUCUAUACAGGACGAACUCUUCAAUAAAAUGCAUUCAAUGAGCGAUCAGUCUCCUUCGAGUAUAGUAAUAAUACUUAAAUUGAUUCCCUUGAUUUUGAUCUUCUUUGUAUCGCUGAUUGGCAAUGUACUUUUGGCUCGCUCUGCAUCGAAAAAGGGGUAUCGAAAAACUGGCACAAAUAUGGUAAUACUUAGCCAAACAAUCGCAGACCUCGGUACGACUUGUUUUGUCAUUCCGUUUGCAGUCUCGGCCGUUUUCGAAGACAAAUGGACGCUUGGCCAACCAUUGUGUCGUCUUAACGGUUUCUUUAACAUGCUUUUGACAAUUGCGACAUUAUAUAACCUAUCUUUUCUGGCUUACGAUAGGUUUUUGGUGAUUGUGCACAAAAGUCACCGAGUUUUAACGUGCAUGCAAGCUAGAAAGGGUAUCAUUUUUAUAUGGUUCAUAGCAAUAGCAAUAUCAUUCCCAUGGAUGGAUUUCGCAAGCGAGAAAAUACGCACGGUCUAUACGCCUGGAUUUUACAUUUGUUAUUUACGAUACUACCAUCCUUUUGGUACUUUUGAAAUAUUUUGUCUCAUUCUGAUACUUCUUAUUGGCGCUGCAGUUCCAACUGGUAUAAUCCUGUACUCUUUUUAUCGAAUCUUAGUGGUGUAUCGGGAUCACCGGGUCCGUAUAACCCCGGUGACUUUGUCGAACGUGGCGAAGUUCGCACUAGAGCAAUAUUGCCGGUCGGCAUACACGUCCCUUUUGAUGAUCGGAACAACAAUGCUCUUUGUACUGCCGUCUUGUUUCACACUAUUCAUCGAAGGCAUACAAGUUACAAAUAUACCUCAUUCCUUCGAGACGGCCAGCAAAUGGAUAAUGUGGUGUCAUUGUACGAUAAAACCGAUCAUCUACUUAUGUCGGAAUGAAAAAUGGCGGAAAACCGUCAGUCGGUAUUUUUGGUCGUGUUUGCCGAAGGGUGAUAUUUUGUACAGUGAAUCGUCGAGGUCCUCGUCCCAGGCAUCUGUGAUAGGCAAUGACUUGGAUGCAAGGUCACAAAAUAAUAUUCGGACACUUUUCUCGAAAGAGGAAAUCGCAAGGAGAAAUGAUUUGGGGUUACCUGUGCCGAUCAAUGCUUGGACUGAGAAACAAUUUCUCGAUGUGUGUGCAAGAUAAGGCCACGCUUAUUUUUCCGGACAUGUAUACCCAAAGUCAAAGGUAAAUUCAAUGUAUUUGCAUCCGAAACUGAGUGGGACGUUAAGUAGAGAAUCCAAUGUCUCUUUCAGGCUGCUCUAUUUACUGUCCGGAACAUUGCGGAUUUGCGCAACACUAAUAGAAUCGAACCGAACACGGUCACGUCACUCUUCUGGCAGCCAGUCAUGUGACCUGGCAAUAAAGAUGACCUCCAUUUCAAAUAUUUCCUAAGCCUCACUCCUGAUUUUGUAACACAGGAAAAAAUUAAAUAUCCAAUAAUGGGUUUUGAUGGAAAACUGAACUCUUGGUACUGAAUUGGUAAAAACCAUGUUUAAUUAUUUAUGGUAUUUCAAAAAUUUUCCUGUGAAAUAAACAAAAUUUUAUGCUUACUUUUAAGACAACUCAGCUCGUCUUGCUUCUUAAUUAGUAUCUCAACUUUGAUACAGAUCUUCGUGAUUAAUAUUCAUACGUUUUAGUGACUUUUAUUGUAGUUUACAAAGUUAUACAUGUGACCUAAUAGCUUUUAUUAUAGAGUAGAGAGUGAGAUACUGAAAAAUACACAGCGAGAUAUUUUCCAUAUCUUCACUCAGUGAAGAUAACGAUCAUGUGACUUUUUCCAAUUUGCUUUGGAGCGUGAAAUUUCAUAAUUAAUAAGGAAAAGACAAAGGAAAUCACUACCGUGUUGGUAGUUGUAUAUGCGAUAAACUAGAAGUUACUAUCGCAAGGAAAAUGCUGCCUCGCCCCCAAGGGAUUAAAGGCAGCAUGCACAAUUUGCUGAAUAAGGGGCUGUUUAUAUGAUCCCGCUUUGCCAGGAGAUAUGAGGCAGGAUGAUUUUGAUGUGCUUAAAUAAGUCACGAUGCAUGAUUCAGCAAAACAUUUCACUAUUUUCUAGAGAUGGAUUACGGUAUAGUUAACUGUAAACGAAAGGUUGCCUGUCCAAGCAUAAUAUAACCUUCUUGAACCACAAGAUCUUCUCUACAUUUGAACUACUUCUCUACAUUUGAGAGUUUGAACUUUCGUUUAGCCUAGUGACUAUUAUUUUAAUACAUCAAAAUCAUCCCUUCUUCCAUCAUGCAAACAGCCCUUAAGACGCCUGUUUAGGAGGCAGGAAAAAUGCAAAUUGAAUAUCAAACAUCUUGCACAAAGUCGAAGGGCGGCUGAAAGUUCUAAUUCAACUUUCUUGGCAUGGGCGGUUUUAUAUGAAUAUCUUCAAUGCUUAUAACGUCUUGCUGUUGUAUAAUUAUAAUACUGUCAGUGGUGAAGAACCAACUCAGCCAGAUUUCUCACUAAGUACCUAUUAUGUAAGAACCACUUCACUCUUCAGCCUCUUUUAUGUGGCUUUUACUGUAUCUUAUUAGACAGGGUGUAUAAAAAAAGUGAAUCCAUCUUUGGCAUGUUAUCGUGCAUUAUAUAUAACGUUUAUUUAUUUACUUUUUUCAUACCAGUAAAGAUCAGGCUUUUGGCUGUCGAAUGCUACCUUUCUUGUAUCAUUGCGAUAAAAAAAUAGCCGGUUGAAAUCGCAUUUUUCCACCGUUGGGAAUUGCAUGUAAAGGCUAAAGCUAUUGUCUGUGUAUUCAAAUUAUCCUCAUUUGGGAUUCAAAUUAAUGUGUCCCUUGAGUAAAUAUGGCGCAACGCAUGUGUGAGCAUGAAGUUUUGAUAAACUUUUACUCGCAAUUUUACAUCGAAAUUGAGUGACUAAAACAUUCUACAACACAAGAAGCUUGCAGACUGGACUCACAAUGGCACACGUUCCCAAAUGGACAACCAACAUUUGGCAUGGGCAAGUGUUCGAAAAUUGGAAGAACAUUUAAAUCCCAAAUGCGAAUUCAACCGAUCACUUUAAAUCAGAUUGCAUUUGGUCAUUUUUUAUCGCAAUCAUUCCACAAUCCACGAAGGUGUCAUUUGAAAGCUAAAAGCCAGAUCUGUAUAAAUACGAAAAAGAAAACUUAUUGCCGUAUAUACACCCUGCAUGUAAAUUAAAAUUAUUAUACAUUCCAUUCCAUAUACGGCUUUGUAGAAAUGAUAUAUUUCGAAAGCAGUUCUUUGGGACGUAACCUAUAUAUAACACCACCAUUUUCCAACAGAGAUGUCAAAAUAGUGUUUGUGAUCGUCAAUACACGACUUAAUAUUCAGUAUAUUCCACCAAUGAAAACUAUUGCUGCAACUUAAAUCUUCAUUGACAGGAAAUUUAUCGCAUAUUUGAUAAGACGAAGAUUUUGUCAUGACUUUUCCAUAAUAAAUUUCUUUGCCGUGAUGAUAUGGCCCGCCAGAAAAUUCAAUACAACCAAAACCCAACACCAUUUUGUCACAGGUUGGGAAAUGGACAACAAGAUCACGGUAAUGCGUUACUCUGAAACUUAGUGGUACCAAGGCAUCGUGCGCCAAAGCAUAAUCGUAAUUACCGACUCUGGGUUCACCAAAAGUAUAUAGCAUCAAGUUAUCUUUUGUUGUCUUACCAUUAAACACGAUAAGUGUACUUGCAAGAGCCGCAAGUGCUCCACCUAGAGAAUGUCCUGUCACCCAGACUUUAUAACUUGGAUAGUUGCUUAUCUCGUUGUAAACAUAUAUUUUCAAGUCGAACCACACAAUUUCAAAUGCGUCCAAGAAGUAUUGUUGAACCUUUCCACCUGCUUGAAAACGCUGCUUUGGGUCAAAGAUUAUGCGCUUUAUUUGGGUGUAUACUUGUUUAAAAUGUUCGGUACCACGGAAUGCAAUAGCGAUGGCUUUCUCUGAAUGAGAGACAGCGACAAAACCAGAGCAAAACGCGUUUCCUGAACAUGACUUUGUAACCGUCUUGACAAGGUGAAAUGUGUCCACUUCGCUUGCUUUAGAUAUGUACUUAGUCACAUUGUUUGAGUACGCUAUUGCGCAAAGAUAGAUCAUUUUGUAUGCCAAGUUCUUGUCGUAUUGAGCCCAGAACUCGACGUCAGCAAUUAUCUUGACACAGUGAUCAGGGUCUUUGACAUUCUCCUCUCGAUAGCAUGGAUUUCCAAACACAUUGCCAGGAGUAUGGCAUUCUUCGUCUCGAGGACACCAGCGACAAG